AAACUCAAGAAGAAGAAGACCUUAAGAGAAAGAAGAAGACGCUUCAGAAGAAGAAGAAGAAAAAGGAAAACAAACAAAUGAAAGCAGAGGGACAAACCGAACAUUUAAUGAAGACGUUACCUCCUGCGCCGGGUCCAACAGGAGCCAGUGAUAUGAAGCUAAAGAUCUGCCAAUCACAGGUGCAAGCUCUGAUCGAGCAGGAGGUCCGUAAAGCAGUGGCAAAUAAAGAACGGCAGCUUCAGAGUGUUAUACAAGAAAUUCAAGACACUAACAAUGAAAGCAGCUUUGAAACUUCCAUCCAGAAACUAGAGAGUCGAGUCGAUGCGGUGUCCAGGAGAGCAGAGGUGGCUCUCGCCUACAUGGCAAAAAUUCAAAAACAGACUUCUCCAUCUUCUGCUGGUAACACUGGCGGCCUCAGGCAAAGCCCAGAGCGUGUCCCUGUGGAGGCAAUGUCACAAAGCACAAAGAAAACAAGCUGUGAAGCCAAAAAAGGAGCUCUUUUUGAACUCAUGGAAAGCACAAGAAAUGCAUUAAAAAGGUUCCGUACACAUAAUGAAGGGUUGACCACCGCCUUGGCAGAUUUAGAUCAGGAGGAGCAUCCACCUGUUCUUACUCCUUGGGGUUCUCCUAAUGAAAAGGAAAUAAGAGGGAGUAUUUGUUCAAGUAAUGAAGAUUUAAGUGAGAGGAAGCCGCCACCACGUCUUAUUCCCUUUGACUCUUCAGAUGGUGUGGUAGGAUCGGAGUCUGUCGCAAAAGUUGCCAGCCAGUUGCCAGUUGAAAAAACAGAGCCAACUGAUCUCCAGGAAGAUGACCACGAUGAUAAGCUAAAACAUCUUGAGCAAACGACGAAAAGGUUAAAAAAAGAGCAUUCCUCUGCUGGCCACAGUAGCAGUCCUGAGCUCAAGGAAGUAGAAGGCAUAGAGCUGAUGAAGGAUGUAGAGGAUAUGUUGUUCUGUCCACCUCUUCCCAAAAUCCCUUUCCCCCCUGUCCUGAAGAUGGAAGCAGCUUUGUACAGCAUGCCUCAGAUAGUAGAAGUAAAGCUGGCCUUCAUUAAGAACCCAACUCGAAUAUCCGUUCUCUGGAACGUGGUGAACGAAGACCCCUGUGCACCACCUAUGGAAAGUUACACCAUCUUCCUGACCAUGGAGACAUAUAAAGGGAGCGGCGUCUUCCUGAAGUGGGACACGUAUGACAAACUGGAAGCAAAGUCUCUGCCAAUGUGCGCCCUCAUCAACAAAUUCAAGCGUGGGCACAGGUUAUGUGCUGCUGUGGUGGGCAAAGAUGUAUUUGGCCGAUAUGGACCCUUUAGUAAAGUUGCCACUGCCAUCCUACCUGACUAAUAUUCAUCGAUACUCUGAAUAUGUGCUUUUGUCCCUUAAAAGUUGUUUUAGUUGCAAAUCAAGAUUAUUUUUGUGACUUUUGAUCGAAGGACAUUUGUCUUUGAGUUUAAAUGUUUAUUUUAACAUAACUGUUGUAUAUUAAUAAAAUGCUUGCUACACUUCAGCAGGUCAAUCUA